AUGUCCGGUUACGACCGAGCUCUCUCAGUAUUCAGUCCCGAUGGACACGUUUUCCAGGUGGAAUAUGCCAUGGAGGCUGUCAAGCGCGGUAAGGCCACACCUACCCUGACCCAGGACUUUUCAGUACCUUUCCUCGGCACUGUUUCUCCAUUCAACUGCUUCCACAGCCUGCUGAUGGGCGAUGACAUCGUUGUCCUCGGCUGCGAGAAGCGCUCCGCCCUCAAACUCCAAGAUACCCGCAUUACCCCCUCGAAAAUUGCUAUGGUCGAUGACCACGUCUGUCUUGCCUUCGCUGGCCUCAACGCCGAUGCCCGUAUUCUGAUCGACAAGGCCCGGUUAGAGGCUCAGUCUCACCGUCUGACGGUCGAGGACCCCGUCACCAUCGAAUAUAUUACCAAAUACAUCGCCAGUGUGCAACAGAGAUAUACCCAGAGUGGUGGUGUUCGUCCGUUCGGUAUUAGUACGUUGGUUGUUGGCUUCGACAAGAACGAUGGAACUCCUCGCCUUUACCAGACUGAGCCUUCUGGCAUCUACUCUGCCUGGAAAGCCAACGCCAUUGGCCGAUCCAGCAAGACCGUCCGCGAGUUCCUCGAGCGCAACCACCAGGAGGGCAUGGACCGCGAGCAGACAAUCCAGCUGACCAUCAAGUCAUUGCUCGAGGUGGUGCAAACCGGCGCUAAGAACAUCGAGGUGGCCAUCAUGGCCCCUGGCAAGCGCGUUGAGAUGCUGCCCGAUGACCAGAUCGAGUCUUACGUUAAGAGCAUUGAGACUGAGAAGCAGGAGGAGGCAGCCAAGAAGAAGACCGGCCGGACAGGCACUACCACCGCCGCCAUCCUGACCCGACCUGGCGGUGAGUCGGCCGAAUAA